AUGGACUCGUUUGAUGAAGAGAAUGAGGAUGUUUCCCUAACUCCGUCGCCUUACGAGCCGUCAGCCAGUUCAGUCUCAACAAAAGAUGCACCUAGCCGGUUUCCAGAUUAUGAAGCUUGGACGACUGACAAGUUCGAACGAUUCCCUGGUUUCACGACGUGCCACGACCCGACUCGAGAGCGGACAUGGUGGUGGCAAUUCGGAUUCAGAAUGAAGGACAACAGGUCUCAGUCCCACAAGAUCAUAUGGGUCUGCGAGAAAUGCUUCCUCCGGAACAAACUGAGGUCUACACAUUACGUGUUCAUCGCCUCAACUGCCGGAAGCAUUAUCCGCCAUCUGAGAAAGGAGCAUAAAGUCAUGCCACCUUCCAGACAAGAUGCCAGCGUGAUUGUCGGGAGUGGAGGUGCAGAACGGAACCUCCUUGGCAUGCUUCGCGCCGAUCCAAUGAACCCCCGAGACCAAACACUUCUGGGCAACUUACAUACGCUAUUCGAUCCGAAGAUGAAUCAACUACUCCUACUCGACUGGCUUACGUAUCAUAACCUUCCCUUUAAUCUCGUAAAGUCCGACCGCUUCAAACGUCUCCUACUCUACAACAACCCGUCUCUCCAGGAAGGGCAAAUACCAAGCGACAAGACACUUGUGAGCCUCCUAGUGAACGAGUACAAUCGAGCUCUUGCACCUGUUCACAGGCUGCUUCAAAAAGCAAGAAGUAUGAUUCAUUUUACCUUUGACGGCUGGACUUCUAGGCAAAACGCAUCUUUCCUUGGUAUCAACGCGCACUUCAUCGACCAAGAUUGGAAACAAUGGAGAAUUCUUUUGGCUCUCCCAGCUCUCAGGAAACGCCACACUGGAGCAGCCCUUGCAGACGAAGUUGCAGAUACGAUAUGCGCAUAUGGUCUUCAAGACAGAAUCGGAUACUGCACGCUUGAUAACGCUACGAAUAAUGACACGGCUAUGGAAGCGCUCGGCACUGAGUUCGGCUUUGAUAGGGAUGAACGUCGCAUUCGCUGCGCCCCCCAUUUUCUGAACCUGGCAGUCAGGUCAAUGAUGUAUGGCAGCAAAAGGGACAAUUUCGGCGAACUUCUUGCCCAUUGGGGCGAUAAGGACUUUAUGACCGAAGAAGACGAGCAGAGCCAGUUGUCCGACGCGAUCAAUGAGCUGAGGACCGACGACGACGACUUUGCCGCGCCGAGCCUGGAAGAAGACUUCGAGCUUGAGGCAACCCCAGAGGGGAGCCAAGAUCAGUGCCCUGUUCCUGACAUUAUCAACGCCGAGGGAAUGGACAAGUACCGCAAGUUCGGGCCGUUUGGCAAGCUACACAAUAUUGGCAUUGCUCUGCGAACAAGCAGCCAACUUCUGGAGGACUUUCAUGAAGCUCAACGGCAAACGACUCCUACUGAACCUGUUCUGGCGUGGGUUCAAAACGUCUGUACUCGUUGGCAAUCCGAUGAAGCAAUGGCAUCGCGAGCUCUGCUAAAACGUUCAGCUUUGAACAGGAUGCUCUCUAACAUCGAGGAACGAUGGGUUAGCCAAGGCGGAAAAGAACAAGACAAGCCCGCAAUCUUGAAAGAAAAGCUUUCCCUUGAGGAAUGGAAAGUUGUUGCUGCCGUUCAGAAGAUUCUUCAGCCAUUUAAGAUCGCGUCCAAGCAACUCCAAGGUGAGGGCAUUCCUGGUAAACGGUCCACUUCAGGGGGGUUCGACGAGUACUUUCAGGUGGUGGAGAUGCUUCUUGACCACCUUGAGCUGGCUGUUCAGGGGGUGGUAAUCGAAGAGAAUGACGACCAGGUCAUGGAAGAGAUUCAUCUGUUCGAUGACAUGGAUACGAAGACCAGGAGGCUUUUAAAGGUUUACAUCAAGCUCGGAUGGAAGAAGCUGAACGACUACUAUGACAAGUUAACCUCUACUGCGUAUGUAGCGGCUGUUGUGUUCCACCCAUGCAAGAAAUGGCGAGUCCUAGAGCAGCUUUGGAACCAGCUGCCAUCUCGCCAGACAACAGAAUGGAAGAAGGCGUAUGGGAGAAGCUUAAGGAGAAUUUGGGAAGAUAGGUAUAAAAUCAUGGCUCAUGUGGCAGCCUGUAGCGGCGAUUCAGUGGCUGGGAGCAGCAGUGCCUUGGACUAUAUUGAGCGCCGAUUGGCGUUUGGUCGGUCGUUGACAUGCCCAGACUCCCAAAGGCGACAAAAUAAACGACCAGAACAGCCUGAAGCAUCAUCAGUCCAGGACGAGCUUGAUCAGUAUCUUUCGGAGCCGCCAGUGGACAAUAUUGCAUACAAAGCUGACCCAAUUGCUUGGUGGAGGGAUGUUGGUGCUGUGCGCUUUCCUCGGCUGUCUUAUAUGGCUGUAGACUUUCUUACUAUUGCAUCGUCAUCCGCGGAAACUGAGAGGGAAUUCAGCAGUUGUGGGAGGAUGCUAACGCCAUCCAGAUCUCGCCUACGACGGCAUAUUGUGGCCAUGGCCCAGUGCCUUCGUUCGUGGAGUAAGGCUGGUAUUUAUCAACCCACUCUUCCUCUUAGUCUCCUUGAAGGGGACAAUUGGAGGCAAGUUCUUCAACUUGCAGGCAGGAUCAACAUAGAUAUGGAUAAUGAGGACUAG